AUGGAGCGAAGGAGGAGCAGUGCCUAUAACAUACCCGCCGGCGCUGGCGAGGAGAUCAUGCGAACGAUAUCCCGUACAUUCUCCGGCAAAUCACGACACGACGAUGACAUCGAGCGAGAGCGGGAAGAAGACAUCACAGACAGCGAUUCCGCCAAGACGAAGGUGGAAGAGUGGAGGCUUGCAAACGAUGUAAAGAAUAUUCAACAAAACGAUCCUACUGAGGGACGGAGACUAGGAGUUACAUGGAGUGGACUAUCCGUCAAGGUGGUUCCUUCAGACGCACGUUUGCAAGAGAACGUGCUCAGUCAAUUCAAUAUCCCGCAACAGAUCAGGGAGUCACGACAGAAGCCCGAAUUGAAGACAAUCCUCGACAACAGCUUUGGUAGCGUGCAGCCUGGCGAGAUGCUGUUGGUCCUAGGAAGGCCUGGUUCUGGAUGUACCACUCUACUGAAGAUGCUUGCCAACAAGCGAAAAGGCUACGCACAAAUCGAUGGCGAUGUACACUUCGGUUCCAUGGACGACAAAGAGGCUCUGAAAUACCGUGGCAACAUUGUCAUCAACACAGAGGAGGAGCUCUUCUUCCCUACCCUCACAGUAGGCAAGACUAUGGACUUUGCUACAAAACUCAACAUCCCACGCACUUUACCGAAGGAUUCUGCGAACCCCGAGGAGUAUCGCCAGAAGUUCAAGUCGUUCUUGAUGGACUCCAUGGGCAUUUCUCACACCGAAGAUACCAAGGUUGGUGAUGCCUUCGUUCGCGGUGUCUCUGGUGGAGAGCGCAAACGAGUCUCUAUCAUCGAGACUCUGGCCAACCGUGCUAGCGUGGCCUGCUGGGACAACUCCACACGUGGUCUAGAUGCCAGCACAGCCCUGGAGUACACUCGUGCUCUCAGGUGUCUAACAGAUGCGAUGGGCAUCGCUACGAUCGUUACCUUGUACCAGGCAGGUAACGGCAUCUACGACCUUUUCGACAAAGUCCUUGUGCUGGACGAAGGCAAGCAAGUUUUCUACGGCACUCGCGAACAAGCCCGCCCUUUCAUGGAGGAGCAAGGCUUUGUAUGCAGUGAGGGUGCCAACGUGGCCGACUUCUUGACCGGUGUCACGGUGCCUUCUGAACGACAGAUCCGCCCCGGAUUCGAAGGCUUCCCACGCAACAACAUCGAGCUGGAGCAAGCUUAUCAACGGUCUUCCAUCAAGGCUGCCAUGGAGCAGGAACUGUCCUAUCCCACGAGUGAAGCGGCAAAGACCAAUACCAAGCUGUUUAUCGAAGCCAUGGCGAUAGACAAGUCCAAGCACCUCCCAGCAUCAUCACCUAUGACUGUGUCAUUUUACGACCAGGUGAAGGCUUGCGUGGCUCGACAGUAUCAAAUCCUCUGGGGUGACAAAGCGACGUUCAUCAUCAAGCAAGGUUCAACGCUCUUCCAAGCACUUAUUGCCGGUUCUCUCUUUUACAACGCUCCCGCAAACUCGUCCGGAUUGUUUGUCAAGGGAGGAGCUCUCUUCUUGGCUCUGCUGUUCAACGCGCUGUUGGCCAUGUCGGAAGUUACGGACUCCUUCUUCGGUCGCCCCAUCCUUGCAAAACACAAGAAUUUUGCCUUUUACAACCCUGCAGCUUUCUGUAUCGCGCAGAUCGCAGCUGAUGUGCCGAUUCUACUCUUCCAGGUAACCAUGUUCAUGAUUGUACUGUACUGGAUGGUGGCUCUGAAGGCUACAGCUGCUGCUUUCUUUACCGCUUGGUUCGUCGUAUAUGUUGUCACCUUUGUCAUGACUGCGUUCUUCCGCAUGGUUGGCGCCGCCUUCCCCAACUUCGACGCUGCUUCCAAGGUCUCUGGUUUCUCGAUAACAGCUCUUAUUCUAUACAUCGGCUACCAGAUUCCGAAACCCAACAUGCACCCAUGGUUCGUCUGGAUUUACUGGAUUGACCCGCUCUCCUAUGGAUUUGAGUCUCUCAUGGCGAACGAGUUCUCUGGACAAGACAUUCCCUGCGUCAAUGCCAACCUAAUUCCAAACUUCCUCCCUCAGUACCAGAACGGUGUCAACCAAGCCUGCGCAGGUGUCGCUGGCGCUAGGCCUGGUGCUACCUCGGUCAGUGGUGAUGAUUACCUCAGAAGCCUCUCUUACUCGAAGGGGCACAUCUGGCGAAAUGUUGGAAUCCUGUUUGCCUGGUGGUUCCUCUUCGUUGGCCUCACGAUUUUCUUUACACUUCGAUGGGACGACGCAGCCGGUUCUGGAGGAUCUCUCCUGAUCCCUCGUGAGAACAAGAAGAAGGUCCCCCGCUCUAUCACGCCCGGUGAUGUAGAAGCUCAAGGAAACGAGAAAGCGCCCAGGACAGACAGCAGCAACGAGAAAGCUACUGAAACCCAAGACUUGAGUGCCAACCUUAUGCGCAACACUUCCGUCUUCACCUGGCGCAACCUUUCGUAUGUUGUCAAGACCCCAUCUGGCGAUCGCACACUCUUGGACAAUGUUCAUGGUUACGUCAAGCCCGGUAUGUUAGGAGCCUUGAUGGGGUCAUCUGGUGCUGGAAAGACCACUCUUCUUGAUGUCCUUGCCCAACGCAAGACUGACGGUACCAUUCAUGGAGAGAUCUUGGUAGAUGGCCGACCACUCCCUGUCUCAUUCCAACGUUCCGCCGGUUACUGCGAGCAACUCGAUGUUCACGAGCCUUUUGCGACUGUCCGAGAAGCGCUUGAGUUUUCUGCCCUUCUUCGUCAAAGCCGUGACACUCCCCGUGAGGAGAAACUUGCCUAUGUCGACACUAUCAUCGAUUUGCUUGAACUACACGACUUGGAACAUACUUUGAUUGGUCGCAUUGGGGCAGGUUUGUCAGUCGAGCAGCGUAAGCGCGUUACCAUUGGUGUUGAACUUGUUUCGAAGCCUUCCAUCUUGAUCUUCCUCGAUGAGCCUACUUCUGGAUUGGACGGUCAAGCCGCUUUCAACACUGUUCGUUUCCUCCGCAAGCUCGCCGACGUUGGUCAAGCCGUCUUGGUCACCAUUCAUCAACCUUCCGCCCUUCUGUUUGCUCAGUUCGAUACUCUUCUGCUUCUCGCAAAGGGUGGCAAGACUGUCUACUUCGGUGACAUUGGUGACAACGCAGCGACUAUCAAGGAAUACUUCGGUCGAUACGACGCUCCCUGCCCUCCCAACGCCAACCCUGCAGAACACAUGAUUGACGUGGUAACUGGCACGCACGGAAAAGACUGGCAUCAAGUCUGGCUUGACUCACCUGAAGCGGCUCGCAUGCACCAGGACCUCGACCACAUCAUCACUGACGCUGCUGGCAAAGAGCCCGGAACCACGGAUGACGGCCAUGAGUUCGCCACGGAUCUCUGGACUCAGACCAAGAUUGUUACGCACAGGGCGAACGUCAGCAUGUACCGCAACAUCGACUACGUUAACAACAAGUUUGCCCUCCACAUUGGUACCGCGCUGUUCAUCGGUUUCAGUUUCUGGAAGAUUGGCGACACUGUAGCCGACCAGCAGCUUGUCCUCUUUGCUCUUUUCAACUACAUCUUCGUCGCACCAGGUGUCAUUGCUCAACUGCAACCUCUCUUUAUCGACCGUCGCGACAUCUACGAAACACGCGAGAAGAAGUCGAAGAUGUACUCCUGGAUCGCUUUCGUCACGGGUCUUGUCGUCUCUGAGAUUCCGUACCUCAUCAUCUGCGCCAUCCUCUACUACCUCUGCUUCUACUACACUGCUGGCCUUCCCACCGAUUCCAACAAGGCAGGGGCGGUGUUCUUCGUUAUGCUGGUCUACCAGUUCAUCUACACCGGUAUCGGUCAGUUCGUUGCAGCCUACGCACCCAACGCUGUCUUUGCCUCGCUUGUCAACCCGCUCAUCAUCGGAGUGCUCGUCUCAUUCUGUGGUGUCCUUGUGCCAUAUGCGCAAAUCCAAGAAUUCUGGCGCUACUGGAUCUAUUACCUCAACCCAUUCAACUACCUGAUGGGCGCGCUGCUCGUCUUCGCCGAUUGGGAAUGGGAUGUCAAUUGCUCCGAGUCAGAGUUCGCCAUGUUCGAUCCCCCAUCUGGUCAAACAUGCAGUGACUACCUGCAAGCGUGGAUGGCAGGCCCAGGAAGCCGCACAAACCUGGUCAACCCUGACGCUACUUCGGACUGCAGAGUCUGCCAAUACACCAAGGGAAGCGACUACCUGUACACGGUGAACCUCAACGACUACUACUACGGAUGGAGAAAUGCGGCCAUCUGUGUCAUCUUCGCUCUCUCGAGUUACGCGCUGGUGUACGUUCUGAUGAAGUUGAGGACCAAGGCUAGCAAGAAGGCGGAGUAG